UGGCUGAGGAUUCGGCUGGCUCGACACCUUCUGUUCUGUGCAGGACUCGGGCAGUGAUACACUGGCGCAGGAAGGCUGUCUAGUCAUACCUCCGAUUAACUGGCAUCCACAGAGCGAAAGGAUAAACCUCACUUCAUUUACUCAAGCCUGGAUGAGAGAUUAGUCCAAUUAUGUGUGGAACAGGACGUGUGCAGCGGUGUCUUUUUUUACCACUUGUGAGUUGAAGGUUGAAAAAAAGGGCGUACAAUAUUGAUAAUUGGGUGCAAUGUUGAAUAGGCAUUGGCAAAGAUCCACUGAAACACAAACCAGAGGACACGAGUUGGAGUUAUGGGGAAGUGCAUUUAAAACUGAAAACAAGAAGCGCUUGUGUACACAAUGGGAUGUGGGAGUAUGGAACAAUCUACCCAGCCUUGUUGUCAAUGCUAAUAAACUGGCUUCUUUCAAAAAACGCUCUGCCCGCCUGCCCACGCAGCCCCACUUGACUGCAGCAACCAUGGCCUGCAAGAUGCUCCUGGGUUUCGGGAAGCAGCUUCUGCGGGUGAAGGUGGUGGACUGCAACUCCGAGGAGUCCCGGCUCUCGCGCUGCCUCGACACCUUUGACCUGAUUGCGCUGGGGGUGGGCAGUACGCUGGGAGCCGGGGUGUACGUGCUGGCCGGGGCUGUAGCUAGAGACAACGCCGGCCCGGCUAUCGUGCUGUCCUUCCUGAUUGCCGCGCUGGCUUCUGUGCUAGCGGGGCUGUGCUACGCCGAGUUUGGGGCCCGCGUGCCGAAGACUGGAUCCGCUUACCUGUACAGUUACGUGACUGUGGGAGAGCUCUGGGCUUUCAUCACAGGCUGGAAUCUCAUCCUAUCAUACGUGAUAGGAACAUCAAGUGUAGCUCGAGCCUGGAGUGCCACAUUUGAUGAGCUGAUUGGCAAGCACAUUGAGGAGUUCUGCCAAGCGUACAUGUCAAUAAAGGCCCCUGGGGUAUUGGCUGAGUAUCCCGAUAUAUUUGCAGUUUUGAUCAUCCUGAUUUUAACAGGGCUGCUGGCCUUUGGCGUGAAGGAAUCAGCCAUGGUGAAUAAGGUGUUCACCUGCAUCAAUAUCCUGGUGCUGAUGUUUGUGGUGGUAUCGGGGCUGGUGAAGGGCACCCUGAAAAACUGGCGCCUCACGCAGGAGGACAUGACAAACCUCACCAACUCCUCAACUUACAAUGUUUCAGAGAGGACAGCAUCACAGUGGAUCUAUGGUGAUGGAGGGUUCAUGCCCUUUGGCUUCACUGGUGUUCUUUCAGGAGCUGCAACCUGUUUUUAUGCCUUCGUGGGCUUUGAUUGCAUUGCUACCACAGGGGAGGAAGUGAAGAAUCCUCAGAGAGCUAUUCCCAUCGGGAUCGUGGCUUCCCUGCUCAUCUGCUUUGUAGCUUACUUCGGGGUCUCUGCCGCCCUCACCCUGAUGAUGCCCUACUACAUGCUGGACAAGAACAGCCCCCUGCCUGUCGCUUUCAAAUACGUGGGGUGGGAAGGCGCCACCUACGCGGUAGCCGUUGGCUCCUUGUGCGCCCUGUCAACGAGUCUCUUGGGUUCCAUGUUUCCCCUGCCACGGAUUAUCUUUGCAAUGGCCAGAGAUGGGCUGCUGUUCUCAUUUCUGGCCCGAGUGAGCAAGAGGAAAACCCCCAUCGUCUCCACCUUGAUGGCAGGGGUCAUGUCCGCUAUAAUGGCCUUCCUCUUUGACCUGAAAGACCUGGUGGACCUCAUGUCUAUCGGCACCCUGCUUGCGUACACCUUGGUGGCUGCCUGCGUUCUAGUCCUCAGAUACCAACCUGAACAGCCCAGUCUUGUCUACCAAAUGGCAAGCACCCUAGAUGAGAGCGAAAUGACAGAGUCGGUGAGCAACAGCGAAUCCCAGGCAGGGAUACUACCAGAUGGUAUGGAGGAGUUCAGUAUGAAGAGGAUGCUCUUCCCAGAGAACUCUGAUCCAAGCAGCAUGUCUGGUUUGAUUGUGAACAUCUGUGCCAGCAUGCUUGGGUUGCUUGUCUUCAUUUUCUGCAUCAUUGCUGUCCAAGGUGGCACAAAAUCAUGGUCUGUGGCACUUCUUACCAUUUUCUUAAUUAUGAGCGUCGUCAUCACCAUCAUCAUUUGGAGACAACCGGAGAGCAAGACAAAGCUCUCCUUUAAGGUUCCCUUGCUGCCCUUUCUUCCUGUUCUGAGCAUGUUUGUCAAUGUGUAUCUCAUGAUGCAGCUGGACAGAGGCACAUGGAUCCGUUUCCUUGUUUGGAUGGUGCUGGGUUUCAUCAUCUACUUUGGGUAUGGAAUGAGACACAGUACAGAGGCAGCCCUUGCCCAGUCAGCCACAGAAAAUGGAUACAAACAGGCACGCAUGUCAAACGGUGAACCCACAGUUCCUGAAAAAGAGGCCUUUCUGAAUGAUCCUGAUGAGCUGGAUGCCAGAAACCAUUGGCAAGAGGAAGAGGGAGACUCUUAAAGGGAGCACCUUGGUCUUCUCCAGCCUGAUGUCUGCUUCAGUUGAAUACAAUUCUGAAAAACAAACAAAAACAGUUAAAAGGGAACCUAGACCAACCCUCACUGAGCUGUGUCGAGGAAGCCCUUGUGAGACACUAGCAGCUAUUGCAUUGCCUGUAAGUUUCAAUGUGAAUGUCGUCUCGUGUCAGUGCGGCUACACAUUUUAGUGUAUAAAAAACUUAAAAGAAGACUUUUAGGAGAUGCUUUGGGGGAAAAAAAGCAAGUUCGAAUGGCCAGUUCGAAUAUUUGAGUCACAUUUAAGGUCAGUAGAUACCGGCUUUUUUAGCCUGGAAUGGAAUCUGCUUCACUGUAACCAAUUUCACAUUUUCUUAGGAAGGUCUGCUUGCUUUUGUUUGGACCCUGGUACUCAUACCAAUAGUGACUGAAAUCCCAAAUCAAACGUGUUCUUCAUGAUAAGAUAACAAUUUGGUUAUAAUGCCUGUCAUCUUCCGUCCACUCUGCUAUAUGACUUGGUUGGUUACCAAACCGUACCAAAAGUUAUGGAAGCAGUUAUAGAAGUCUCUUAGGUUGUCCAGAUGUUGAAUGGUGUUGUAAUGAGUCACUUCAUAUAGAUUAUGCUACAGUAAAUUGUCCCUCUGUAUUACAGGACAAAUUUACCAUGCCAGUAAUGUGACAAGAUCUAUACAGUACAAUCCGGAAACUAAACAAGACUCAGGACUGUUUCUGUGAUUGUAUUACAUGAUCUUUCUGAGAGUGAGUUUGGGAGAAGUCAGUUCUAGGUAACAGAAUAAAAGUAAUUCUUAGAAAGCAGUCAUGAUAAGUAAGGCUUUGGAUUCAGUGUCAAACGAUACUUCUCUGUAGGAAAGUGUCAAGGAGUGUAUGUGUGUGUGUUUUUGUUUGUAUAAAAACAAAUUGGGGAACUUAUUAUUCCUGAUGUGUAUAGACAUUUAUUUUUCCUUCUUUGUAAAUACCUGCUACUAAACAAAAUGAUGCUUUAUUUUUAGACUGAGUCACCUCUUUGCUAUGGGGGAUCUGGGAUUCACAGUAGUUUGUUUACUGAGGUACUUGGCAGUACCGUAAUCAGACAGUCUGCACGGACCUAAUGUCUGAAAAUAUCAGAACAGGAUCAAAGACCUCUCAAUCAUUCUGAACUUGUUUGUUCAUGUUUUUUUAAAUAUGUGAAUACGAUACAGGGUAAUAAAGAAACCUUCCAGUUUAAAGCUGCACAGCUUUUCUGCAUCUGAAGCAGUGUAUGGAAAUAAAUCCUACAGUACUGUACAUGUGCUGUUUUUUGCUAAUUUUGUUGAGUGAAGUUACUCUAUAGUGUCUGGCAAAUGUCAGCCAGGAGUUUUGCUAGCCAUUAUAUGUACAGUAAAUGGAUUCACUUGGAGCUCAGGGUCACAAUGCAGGCCAUUGGCUCUCCUGUGUUAUAUAAAAUGGAGGCAUAUGUUUCGUUAGCACAAAUAAAGCAAAACAAUCAGCUAUGUAUUUUAGAGAAGAAUACAUGAAAAAAAUUAAGCUUCAACAAGUAAUUCAGUAAUGUUUUUGGUUGAAAUUUGUCUAGAUUGGAUAAUUGGAUGUAUGUGUUGUAGCACCACCUCCGACUGUGAUCCUGACUCACUGAUGCUUGAUCCGAGUGUACAAACUGUUCUUGUUGGAUUAGAAGAGAUGUUGUGAGAAGGUAGAUAAUUGCUUGUCAAAUGACUAGUGAGCAACGCAAGUGUCAGGUGAGUCAGGGCUGUUGCUGUUGGGAUACACAGUGUAAACGGACUUCUGAGGAACCAGUGUUAGCCAGUAAAUUUAGUGUUGGGACUCCUCAAACUCUGGCAGUGUCCAGGAGCCAGUGUUAGCUGGGAAUUCAGUGUGGUUCUCUGCAGACCCCCAUGCUGUAGCCUAAUGCAGGAUAUGUCAGCUGAUGCCAGACUGUAAAGAGUUUUCAGAUUACACGUAUUUAACGUUCUUAUCUUAAUUUUAUUUCAAAAUUAAGUCACCAUAGAAAAUAGAAUAAAACUGUAACCAGUACAUUUAACACUAUGCAUGAAUGACUAGGGAGAGUAGCAACAAAAUUAAAUUCUCAGUCCAAAAAAAACACAUUGUAUGAGACAUACUAGUGCAAUAACAAAUUGUAAGGCAUACAAGCUUUAAAUAUUAAAUUUUAACUGUGGUUCAUAAAAGAUUGUCACCAUUGCUCUGUAUCUGUUUGAGACACUGUUAGAUCCUGGUUUCAAUUCUAAGCUGAGGUGCUUUCUGUGUGGAGUUCUUCUCUCCACAGGGGAUUGUUCCAGGCACUGUGGUUACUUCCUGCCUUUCAAAAACAUGCCGACUCAAGUCAGUUGUCUUGCUCGGUGUCUGUAAAUUGUCCCUGCAAUGCACUGGUUUCCCUUCCCAGCUGUAGUACAAACAUAUGCCUUAUGCUUUCAGGAGAAGCUCCAUGUUACUGCCCAAUAAGUAGAAUUCCUGAAACUGCUUGUUCUUUCUAGGAAGAAGCAGCUUUCUCCUCAUUAAUAGAUAGAUGCUCCUUAGCUUUUCUGGCUUCAUGUCCUACCUUUCAGGGUUGUCAAAAAUGAAAAAGUAUCUGAUCGUCAGGUUUUUAAAGAGGUGGUACACAGAUAUCAGAGAAAUGUGGAAAGGGGGCAGAUUGACACCGUAAAUAUGUGGUCAUUGUGGAAUUUUAUAUAUAUAUUUUAAAUAAAUGCUUUACAAAAGCUUUCAUGGUGUGCUUUGCCACACUAGAAUGUUAAAAUACCAUGAUUUACCAAAAGGAAUAUUUAUAAAGGUCGAUAUAUCAUGGUAUUUUCAAAGGCUGGCAUAUAAUAUUAGAGUGAAAGUAUGGUAAAACCACAGUGAAGGGAGGGUUAAGUGUGAAACGGAAAAAUAAAAAUGUAGAAGAAGUUAUCUAGCCGAUAAUUUUGCUUCAAUAAAUUGUGCAAAUCUUUUUUUUUUACUAAGAUGUGGUCUCCGUAUAAACACAAUAUUUUUGUGAGUAAUUGCCUUUCGUAUGUUGAACGUUUUAAAGUGAUAAUCAUCCUUUGGCUGGCCGCUGCACUGUGCUUAAAUGUUGGUACUAAGUUAAGUGUAUUUAAAAAAAUAUCCAAGGAGACAAACAUACAGGCAUGUCUGUUCAGUCUGUAGGUUUUUAGAAGCAGAAUGGCUAUUGGGUCACUGCAGGCUUUAGUUUUGCUGCACUAGUCAUUAUGAAACUUGAAAGAGCUUGAAAGAAAAACAGCAUCAAUGAAGAAAUAUAAGACAUACAGUAUCUGUUGUAAUAUUGGUGUUUUAUAGGAUAGCUUGUCAGAAGCUGAGCUUUAGCUGUGCCUUGAAUGUUUUAAUGAGCUUUUCAGACAAUAAGAGAAGGACAGGGGAGGGUGUUGGAUUUGGUUUUGUGUGAAUAAGUGUAUUUAAUAUAUGUAAAAAAUCUUAAUUGGUACUCAUUAUCAUUUUUUACUGAUUAAGUACAAAGAGUAGACAUUUACCAGUGACAUCUCAGACUUCCCUGCAGAAUGAGGUCAUUCAUCAGUAAUGGUGAUAUUAUUCCGUUUUAGAAAUGUAAGUCAGUUCUUGAAUUCUGUAUAUAAUCACUUAAAGAGUCACUUAACUUGAAAUGUGAUGCAAGAAUGUAAGUGUGUAUGUUUCUAUGUGCAGGUGCUUCAAAUAUAAAGUAUAUUGUUGAUACAGUAUAUACAGUAUAAGGUACAAUAUGAUUCAUGUACACUUAUUGGUCAAUAAAAUAAGAACCUCCAAUGUGUGAUUUGCUGGAGGAGAAGAAGAGGGUCAUCUUUUCCUGGUCAGAGCAAUGCUCAGGUAUCAGCCCUUUUGAAAAUUUAAUUAUGCUCAACUGAACUUCAAUUGACAGUGAUUGUUAUAGAAUGGGAUGAGAUUGAGCCACAUGUGCUGUAUUUCAUAGCUUUGAGACACAAAUGCCUUAUACAGUUUUAAGGUGGUUUUGUUCAUCAUUUACCCACCCCAGUACAUUCACUGAGGAUUCUUAAGAUUUUGGCCAUUGAGUUUAUCUUGCAGAUGCUGAACAUGUUUUAAGAUAGGGAGGUUAUUAAUAAAGAGCAAAAUAACUCUAAACAUUGCUGAUAAGAUAACAUUGCUCAGAAAUAUUUUAUCCAUUGCAGGGAAAAAACAGUGGAAUUUAGAGUACAGCAUAAGGAGGAAGAAUAUUUUUUUUAUUGUUUUGACCCACUAACUUAGUGGGAAGUUAUAAUAUUUAGGCAUCUUAUCCUAAAUUGCUGCUAGGAAAUUUAGAAGAAUCUUUAUCCUGCUAUGUUGAAUACAUGAUCGUGUCAUACCCAAGUGCAAGUAUUCACUUGUCCAAAUAUGUCUACAAAUUUAAUCUUAUCAUGCACUUAUCAUGAUCAUCACUUUUAAAGCUCUCUGUAGUCACUUAUUGCCAAGGGUGCUAUACCAAAUGAAAAUCAAAUACACAUAUAGCAUUGUAAUAAUAUACACAUAGUAUCAGGGAUUUUAUGAUGCAAUAUACAGUACAGACAGAUUUGUACCAGUUGUACUUUUUGCUGAACACAUUGAACAUCUGCCUCAAAUACCUGAAAAUGUUCAAAAGCUGCCAAAGUGUAUUACAGUUUCUUAACAAUUGCACACUGUACUAAAUCUCUGGGUACAUAUGGUAUGCUUUAAACAGCACAGUUGAGUUAUUUGGCAGAGCCUGUCCAGGGAAGGGAUCAUGGGGGACUGUAUGGCCUGUAUGUACAGUAUGUCUCAAGACAGGAAGCAGUUACUUAUUUCAUAUAAUAUCAUUCAGUCUCUGCAAAGUCUGAUGAGAGGCAGAAAAGAUAAAAAUAUUUUUUCCUGGCACUUGAUGGCAAGCUUUCCAGGUUUCUGGAUAAGGGAUGUGCAUUUUCAUCUGGGACAGGAACAUCUUUCAGAUUGAAGGGCUACAGUUGAGUUGCCUCCUCUUUCUUGUCGGAGUGAAUUGUGAGUCCCAGCAUAGUAACAUCAGCUGAGAAACAAAUUUCAUUGGAUGAAUGCAGGCACUUGAGACAGAAAAACUGAAGAACAGAUUUGAAUUAAAUCAGGAUUGCGAGUAGAAAUAUCUUGUGACAUCUUAAAAGUAUCCUAGAAAGUACUUGUUAUGCUUGUGAAAGUUCUACAUGUGUCUUGCUGAUUCCUUAAUAAAUAUAUUGUCUGAAGACGUGUAAUAGUGCUACAUGUAUCCAGAUUCCCUGUCAGAAGUUAUAUAUUCUGCCUAAUAUCAUUUUAAGUUAUUAAAAAUCUACAGGUCCUGAAUGUUUUACUAAAUGACCAGAAUUAAGCCACAUUUUGUGAAAAGGUUUACAAUGUAUGAACAUGUAAAAUGUAUAGACCCUUUAAUUCUCCUUUAUCACAAUGAAUUAUUCCUAUAUAAUGAAAUGGCCAUGUAACAGCAAUGUAAACUGCAGAAACUCUGAAUGUUUAAAAUGUGUUCCCAUAGACUAAACCAGAUGUAUACCCUCCAAAUUUUAUAUAUUGAGCUACAUAAGGAUACUGUAUGUACUGUAAUGGAGAAAAUGAGACCAUGGUUAAGUACAAACCCCACAAGAAAUAAGUGAUUCAAUUAAUUCUUUCUCGCCUAUUAAAUUGAUUUUACAGUGCUUUAGAGAAUAAAUCUAGUAGAUAUUUAUCUUAGUACAUUGAUUAUCAGUUUUCAAAGCUGAUGUUUUUUUUUAGUGUGAAAGGUAUAAGGGGAGGAAUGUGUGGCUCACAGUGAUGGGUUUCAGGUCAUUAACUUUUCUGUUUGCUUACAGCAGGGAUUUCAUAUCUCAAAAUUCCUGAAGAGCCUAGUGUCUUCUGUUUUUUUUCUUACUUGAGAAGUCAAACACUAAUUUUCUUUGUUGGACAUACUGUAUAUAGGUUUUCUCUUACGGCUUUUUACAGUGUAUUAUUCAAACUUUCAAUUCAUCAAACGUGUGUGUAAAACACCUCAGAAUACAGUUGUACACUAACUGAUUAGACCAGCUAUGUAAAUUAGCUUUGGUUACGUAAAUUAGCUUCAGAAACAAGAAGACACUAAUCCCAUCAGGAGUUGAGUUUGAGACUCUUGAAUGGCAGGGUUAGAUGAAAAUUUCAUUUUAAGCCUGAGCUGUAUUGCACUUAAUUUCAUAAUUCAAAUGCAGGUCCAUUUUUCUGAAUCGUAUACUUACAUCAGUAAUCAUUUGCCCACCAAGGGAUACGCAAACCAAAAAUAUCUUGUACAGUACAGUUCAAUGUUAUUUAUGUUACAGUGGUUUUCAGCCUGUGCAUAUUGUGUGUUCUGGACCAUUUCGAAUGUCGUAAUGCUACUUUGUGUAAAUAUAAGUUGAUGUCAAAGUGUAUUUCUUAAAAUGCAUUGUAAAAUACAGCAGAGCUAUUCUCUUAUUUGCAUAUGUAAAUAAACGGUGCUUUUGAACAAG